AUGGAGAUGAAUACUGAGCCGAGGGUGGUUACUACACCAACUUCAUAUAUAAUUGAGGAAUUGGGCUCUUAUGUAGACGCAAGAGAACCGGAACUAGAUAAUAUCCGCUACCAAAUGAUGCAAUUACUUCGUAUGACCAUCGACGGAAAGUUAUUUGUGUCACCACUAGACACAGAUCGCCCAAUAAAUGUGCUAGAUGUUGCCACUGGUACUGGAAUUUGGGCGGUUGAAUUUGUAGGUAUUGAGGGGUCAAUCUCUGAAUACUCCGAGGAUCACUGA